AAAAUUAUACAUUUUAUAUCUUAUAUGGGAAAGAUCACGGCUGUAUUUUGGAACUGUCAAGAUGCAGUGGGUUUCCUGAUAAUAUAACCCUGUACCUUUACCUACAUUUCAGUUCACGUUAACAUGAUUUUAUAUAAUACAUUUAAUAAAUAUGUGCAUGUCUUUUGUUAUAGGCCUGUGGUUGGAGCAGCUGUUUGAUAGUUCUGUGUCCGUAUCGCAGAUGGCAUUCACAGAUAACAAAGACCCAAGAGAAACGUUCCUCUACAAACUGAGCCAGAAAACAGGAUUGGAGCACUUCAAGAAUGUGAUUCUAGUGAGCUCGUUACAAGAUUACAUUGUUCCCUAUCACUCCACUCGUAUUGAAAUGUGCCAAGCUGCUCUGAAAGGAACUAAGAUAGGAACUGUUUAUAGUGAGAUGCUCCGAAACAUCCUUGAGCCUAUUCUAAACAACAAGAACUGCAACUUUGUGAGAUACGACGUCAGUUUCGAUCUGCCCAAAUCAGUCAAUUCUUUCAUUGGGCGUACGGGCCACUGCGCAUUCAUUUCAUCUUGGCAAUUUUUGGAAAACUUCUUUCACAACGCUGGCCUGAAAUAUUUUGAAUAGAGGAACGUGAUGCCCGACAUUUAAUACUAUUGAAGUGCGAGAGACAUCGAGUUGCAGAACCUUUUCUACCUUGUUGCACAAUGAACUAAUGAUUUUGCACCAAAGACAAAUCUACUGUGCAAUGUGAAUAUUAAAGACCUGACCUAUAAGGAAAAAGAAGAAGAAGAGAAACCUAUGAUUAUGUAUCUCUAGAUAUGAAACACAUCAGGAUACCCUGUUUUAACUUUAUUAAAUAAAAUAAAAUUGUAUCCAAAUUGG